AUGGAGGAAGAGGGUCCAGCUGCAGAGGGUGUUAGCUGUGCAGAUGCUGCUGGGACAUCUUGUGCAAAAUGUGCAGGAUCAAUAGAAAGUUGUGGGACUGGUGGUGCAGAUUGUUCCCCUGGCUGUGCAGUUGGUCCUGUGUCUGUUACUGGCUGUGCAGUGUCAAAUGGUGGCAAACUAAAGCUAGUCUUAAAUAAACUUGAAUUCACCAUGGGUCGUAAGAAACUUUCCAUGAAAAAAAUUGAUGAUACUUCAAGACUUCGAAUAACUUAUUUAAAACGCAAAGAUGGUUUGAUGAAGAAGGCAAAUGAAUUAGCGGUGUUAUGCGAUACAGAUGUUGGUCUUUUGAUGUUUUCUCCUACGGCCAAAUUAAAUAUCUUCAGCAAUAAAAGGAUUGAAGAUAUCUUUCUACGCUACAUUAACCAUCCUAAAGACCUACAAGUGGGGCUUACUCGAAACAAAGAGCAAGCAAAGUUAUUUGCCAGUCAAAUUCAGCCUCGAAAUUUAGAGAAUCUAGAGCAAGCAAAGUUACCUGACAGUCAAAUUCAGCCAUGGAAUUUAGAGAAUCUAGAGGAAGCUAAGUUACUCUACAGUCAAAUUCAGCCAUGCAAUUUAGAGAAUCUAGAGGUGCCUAUUGUUAUGAACAACGACAACUUGAGGAAUGAAGCUGUAAUAGGUUACGAUAGUGAAUGGAAUCCAUCAAGGGAUGGGAAUCAAUGUAAAGAAAAUUUUGUACCUGUUGGACCUCACCUGAGCUUGGACUAUCUCAAAGCACAUUUGGAACCAUGGAAACUUUCAAAGCAGUGA